AUGAGCGAUGAGAGCUGCGCAUUAAUGCCCGUGCGCGCACAUCAAACCAACUGACCCAAAGCCAAAGAGAAAUAUGAAUCUGUCCUGCACAAACUCUUCUGAGUGGAAAGCGGAGUCCGUAUUGAUUUCCGUGAGUUUUUCCCUCAUCUUUCUACUCGGCAUCACGGGGAACUCUCUGGUCCUCGCAGUUCUGUGUCGCAAUGGCCAGAUGAGCACCAAGACCACCAACAUGUUCAUCUUCAGCCUUGGGGUGGCUGAUCUCUGCUUCAUUGUAUUCUGCGUGCCGUUUCAAGCCACCAUUUACACCCUGGAUCAGUGGAUGUUCGGUCCGGUGCUCUGCAGAGCCGUGCACUUCUUCAUCUUUCUCACCAUGUACGCCAGCAUCUUCACACUGACUGCCGUUUCCCUGGACAGGUAUUUAGCCAUAUGUUACCCGCUUCGUUCCAGGCAGAUGAGAACUCCAAAGAAUGCCCUCAUUUCUAUCUGCCUGCUUUGGUCUUUGGCUUUGGUUUUUUCUACACCGUACCUCAGCUACUUCUCUCAGAUGGACCUUGAUGGCACCAUGCUUUGUAUUCCUACCUGGGAGCCCAGACCUCGCUUUAUAAUGGAUCUGUGCACCUUCAUCUUUGGAUACCUCCUUCCUGUCCUUGUGCUCUGCCUCACAUAUGCACGCACUAUCCGCUACCUAUGGACCAGUGUGGAUCCCGUCAAGGACAAGUCAGAAACAAGACGAUCCAAGCGGAAAGUCACCAAAAUGAUCUUGAUCGUGGCUGCGCUCUUCUGUCUCUGCUGGCUUCCUCAUCACCUCAUAAUCCUCUGUAUGUGGUUUGGACAUUUCAAGCUCAACCACACAACCUACGCCUUACGCAUCUUAUCCCACUUGGUAGCAUACGCCAACUCCUGCCUCAAUCCCAUUGUCUACGCACUCGUCUCCAAGCAUUUCCGCAAAGGUUUUCAGAAGGUUUUCAGCUGCUCAAGGAAGAACAGGGAGGAGAACAGGGUGCAUGUGAUUCAGGCUGUGAACACGGUCAGCAACAUUGAGACAAGACCCUCAGAGGAAGAAGCAGCUUCCACAGCAACCUGAGUUAAAGACUAAGAAAGGUUCUCAGAACAUCUUUUCAAAGUCAUGUUUACUAUGUUUCGUAAAUAUUAAUCAUGUUGCAGCUGAAAAUAAUUGGUAACAAGCAGUCAAGAAUACAAUGUGAUAUAGCCAGAGAUUUAAGACAUUUAAUGUAUCGCCUCAAAGAGGAAAUUCAUGAUGAAAAAGAAUUAUUGUGUUUGAAAAGUUUAGGUUUUAUAGAUUAGAAGACAAGUGUUUAUUUAAUACUUUGUAUUAUUGGUAAUCUUUUGAUUUUUUUAAAUCUUUUUUUACAUCAAAACCAAAUUUAUGACUGCUUUACCAGAGCUAGAGUAGAACAUGGUUGGAUUGAUUUCUCAAUUUCUUAAGAAGUUCCUCUUUGAUUUUUCAGAACUAAAUAGGUCCUUUGAAUAAGAUGUAAAACGCCUUUAACAAGAAAUAGAGUUAAGUUGCCUUAUGCUCAAGCCCUUAUGAGUGGUUCACAAUGUAGAUCUGAAAAUAUUUGGGGGAUUUUCAAAACUUUUGAGACCAUCACACAUUAAGCACAAAACACCACACAUGAAAUGGUUUCUUUCAGGAAAAUUCAGAUGUUAGAUGGUAAAACCGAAAAAAAAAAUCCUAUGAUCAGACAUAAGAUCAGACAGAACAAAUAUGCUCAACAAUGGACAAGUAGUGAAGAUGCUUUGUAGACUAGUUUUUGGAGAAAAAAAGAUUAAGAAAAGGCGAUUUCCUCAGGUGGUGCUUUCUGAUUGGCUGCAUGUCACAUUAAAAGUUUUACAUCCCUGCCUGUUGGCGAAACACUACACUCAGAGAAAUAAUCCAACCUGUUGGAUUUGAGGUUUGAGCUGUCCCAACUUCAUUAUGAGCAGACUAGAUCACAAACAUGCCACACACAGCAGAAUUUCCUCAUAUUAUCCAAAAGCCAUCACAAAAAUCAACACUAAUAUUUUACCAUUUGAACGAGGUAUCCAAACUAUUGUGUCUGGCUGGUUUGAUUUUAAUGGAUUUUAGCAAUUUGUUUAGACACAAAAUUGUAUUUUCUUGUGUUUGAUUUAUUUACA